AUGCGAACGAAGACGACGAAACGGUUCGUCGUCGCGCACGCCGCCGGGAAGGACAACGCGGUGAGCGAACUCGCGGCGAUGGACGCCGUGAUCGAUCUCAUGCUCGCGAGCGCGAGCGAAGAGGAGUUAGGGAAGAUUGUCGUCGAGAACGUGCUGAUGUUUGAUCAAAAGAUGUGGAUGCGAUUCGCGUCGAGGAGCGACACGGCGACGGAGAGCGCGACGAAGACGAAAAUCAUGGACACGGCGACCAAGUGCAUGAAACUCAUCGAGGCUAUGGUUGAGAAGACCGAGAGCACGAUGGAGGAGGCGAGCGAGAGCUUGCAAAGAGUCGUCGGGGCGGCCGCGGACCCGUCUUCGGGGGAAUUCGACGUGCCUCUGCGAGCCGACGCGUUGGAGCGCAUGCGCAAUGAGCUCCAAGCGGUGACGGUGGAUGAGCGCACGUUGAACACGCUCUACGCGUGGAUUCGUAAGUCUGACGAGAACGGACUCGAUGGUAUGGUGCAUAUUUUGCAAAGAUUGUUGCAAUUGUACGCCGCGCGCGAGCUGGAUGAGAAGUCUUCCGCGCUCGACAAGGUGAUUCGCUCCAAUGCCGAGGCGUGGCCGACAAGCUUUGCCGAAAUUUCCAAUGAAGGCUACAACGAGACGGCGUUCGCGAAGGAUCUGCAGCGACGCAUGGAGGGUGUGGUGCUGAAUCUUCCGAACGGAUCGUACGCGCAGCGCGUGCAGGCGGAAUACUUGAAGGAGAUCGAAGAUCGCGGAAAGGAGUUCUUCGCUCAAGCGCAAAAGUAG